AUGGACGAGGAGUUCUCUACGGUGAUGCCGCCGCGGCCGAGCGCCAAGCGACUGCACCGCAAGUCGGAGUCUUCGCCAGAGGUUCUGCUGCAACAGCAGCAGCAACAGCGCCUGAAACGGGAGAUGCAUCUCACGCGCGAACUCAUUGACUUUGACCUGAUCAAAGGGUCCGCGCUGUUCCAUACGAAGCCUUCGAGCCACGACCGCAAGCUCGUGCAGAAGGGGUUCACGCGCGCCCUCUUCCUGCCGUUCUACGCCACGUUCUGGCAGCACAAGCCGUGGCUGUACCGGACGUCGACGGCGCUCUACGCACUGCACUUUGUCGCCGUGUGCAUUUACGUUUUCCAGCACAAGUCCACGUCGCCGCAUAACGCGUUCGAGGUGUUGUUCCCGAUUUUCCUGUUGCUGCUCGUCGCGAUCGCCUACGGCCGCGUGUCGAGCGCACUGCAGAUGCCUGACAUUGCCGAUCCGGCGUGCAAGAUCCUGUCUCCUGUCAAGCAGGUGAUGGAGAGCGUGUGUGGCUCCGAGCUGGACAGUAUCCAUGCAGCGUCCGGACUGGGGUCAGCUCUUGCCGAGUCGGAGAACUCGGACGGCACCGACAGCGACGAAGACAGCGGCAAUUCGUCUUCGUCCAGCGACGAGUCGAACCCGAAUGACGACAUGUUUCCGCACAAGAGUAACUCUGCUCCAUCGUCUCCCAAAUGCGCACUGCGUCAAUUGAUUGGCAGCCCGACUCUGUCUUUGCCGCCACGCGUGCCGUCGGGCUUAGGCUUUGACCGCGACGACCAGUUCGCGAGAAGACGCGUGACUGUCUGCGUGUGGGAGCAUGGCAGUCCCGUAAAACGAGCCAUGUCGAUCACAGAGCUGCGAAGCACGAUUCUUGCUAAGGUGAAAGUGACACAGGUUCGAAUGUUUUACCGCAAGGUCGCAGAACUGUCAGCGAUAGUACUCGCAUUGGUGCCGAUUGCGCUACGAUCUGCAACUAAAUGCCAGGAGUUCAACUGCCUCACGGUGACGCAAGAGCCGCUAGAAAUGCUCGUAUGGGUAUCGCGGUUGUUCAAGGAGUUGUCGCUGGAUCGGCUGUAUCUACACGCGCAAGAACUCGCGUCUGGCGCGUCCGUCAUCUCGAUUUCAUGCAUGCUGACAACGUAUUACUUGGCAUCCAUCAUUUUCACUGCUCUCGCAGAUGCCGAAGUCACAUACCACCGCCGAUUCCUAUACGCGAAGUGUUUUACGGCGUUGACGUCGUCACGACGCGCACGAAUGGCAAACCUGCCUCAUUUCCGCUUGAAGAACGUGGUGAACAUCAAAGCGUGGAUCUCGCUUCGCGGUGGACGCACUUGGCUGAAGCGUCAAGGCCGCCAACGCGCCGCCGACGAGAUCGUGUCGACGUCCUUUUUGAUCAUCCUCGUGCUGCUCGUCGUCAUGGGAAUGCAGGCUGUGUCGGACGGGUCUGGCUCUCUAUCGGCCGACAGCAUCGUCCCGAUUGAAGUGACGAUUUGGUGCAUGCUUACUUCCGUGUUCAUGCUGCGUUUCAUGAUGCUGGGCUCUAACAUCAACAAGAAGUACCAGAACACAUCGCUGCUAUUGACUGAGCAGAUGAACGUCUACCUCCGCCUGCUGGCCAAGCCGCACAAGAAGGACAAGCUCUUGGUCUCAAACAACGUACUGAAGCUCGCAUGUAAACUACUAAAGGAGCUCAACUCGCCCAAUAAGGUGUCUGGCCUGACGAUGAACCCGCUGCUGUACAACAUUACGCGCGUGGUGGUCUUGUCAGCCUUCUCGUCGACUGCGUCGGAUUUCUUCGGCUUCAAGCUGAAACUCUGGAAGCUCAAGGCGUAA